AGUGAAAAGUGGAGUCAGUUUUGGAAGUAGACAUUUUAUUUUUUUAUCGAAAAAUUAAGUUUUCGGCGUUUUUAUUCAAUCUAGCCAACGUAGGAGUUUGAACAAUACCGAUUUGCAUUUAAAUCUGUAGUUUCCGACAAGAAAUUUCACAAAAAUGUCUGCUGCCCAAGCUUUCAAUAGAAUUGGACAAUUUGGAUUGGGAAUUGCCCUAGUGGGAGGAGUAGUAAAUUCGGCGCUGUACAAUGUUGAUGGAGGAAACCGGGCAGUUAUUUUCGACAGAUUUUCUGGUGUAAAGAAGCAAGUGAUUGGUGAGGGUACACACUUUUUCAUCCCCUGGGUACAGAAACCCAUCAUCUUUGAUGUCAGGUCUAGGCCCAGGAACAUACCUGUAGUAACUGGAAGCAAAGAUCUCCAAAAUGUAAACAUCACACUUCGUAUCCUAUUCAGACCUGUGCCAGACCAACUUCCUCGAAUCUACACAAUCCUUGGCCAAGACUAUGAAGAGAGGGUGCUACCAUCCAUCACUACAGAAGUCCUGAAAUCUGUGGUGGCCCAGUUUGAUGCUGGAGAGCUCAUCACACAGCGUGACUUGGUGUCACAAAAAGUCAGUGAACAGUUGACAGAAAGGGCAGGACAGUUUGGUGUUAUUCUAGAUGACAUUUCACUGACACAUCUGACUUUUGGAAGGGAAUUCACACAGGCUGUGGAGUUGAAACAGGUGGCUCAGCAGGAAGCAGAGAAAGCCAGGUUUUUGGUGGAAAAAGCUGAGCAAACCAAAAAAGCCACUGUUAUAUCAGCAGAGGGUGAUGCUCAAGCUGCUAUCAUGAUGGCAAAGGCUUUUGGGAAUGCUGGGGAAGGAUUGGUGGAGUUGAGACGUAUUGAAGCUGCUGAAGACAUUGCUUACCAGCUGUCAAAGUCCCGGCAGGUGUCUUAUUUGCCAGGGGGGCAGAAUUUGCUUCUGAAUGUGCCCACACCUGGUAACUAGUAGAGACAAUUGGAUGUAAUUUCAAUCAUAUUAUGAGUCAAAAGUCGAUUGUUAUUAUAUUGGCUUCCAAUUGGGAUUUAGUGUGGAUAAUCUCAUGGGCUUGUAUGUGGUCUAUUAUUAUUUUUUAUAAAUAUAGUUGUACUGAUUUGUUAAUAAACGUUGAAAUAU